GAGACGAAUUUUCAUAUUGACGACCAAGUUGGACAUGAUAGUUGGCACUUGAGGUGUUCGAUUACUACUUACCUAGAUUAUAUUAGUAGCUAAGGAGAGUACUAAGUAGCCAUGCUAUGUAGAUACGAGGUAUGACAUAAUAAAAUCUUAACCGUUUGACUUGUUUGCGUUUUUCAAUGGAACUACUACUACCUCAGGUAUCCAGUCAGUUCGGAUAGUCAUACUUUAACUGAUUUGCCACCCGCACGACAACUCUGUUGUUCAUCAUCAAACGCUGCCUCUAACCCGAAUACAAUUGUUUUGGUUUCCACUCAAAGUUCUAUUUCGGCGAGCUCCCUGCUAUCGGUGCUUUCGUGUUACUGGUUGAGACCUGGUUCGGACACCCCUUUCGCCGCGGCUAUAGAGACACGCAAUCCUUGGUAGCGGGAUAUAUAUUUCUUCUGAUAGCGAAUUAUAUUAUCCUAGCGGAUUAUUGUUCCCCAGAUUAUUAUAAUCUGUGGAAAUGCCUACUGCACCAAAGCAGCGAAAGAUAGCUAUCGUUGGUAGUCGGUCUGUGGGUAAAUCUUCCCUUACAGUUCGAUUUGUUGAGCAUCAUUUUGUAGAAAGUUAUUAUCCGACUAUCGAGAACACGUUUAGUCGAAUCAUCAAGUACAACGGCCAAGAUUUUGCAACGGAGAUUGUUGACACAGCUGGUCAAGAUGAGUACAGUAUCUUGAACUCUAAGCAUUUUAUUGGAAUUCAUGGGUAUAUCAUUGUCUACUCGGUGGCGUCUCGCCAGUCUUUCGAUAUGGUGAGGGUCAUUCGAGACAAGAUACUAAAUCACCUUGGAGCCGAUUAUGUGCCCCUUGUGGUCGUCGGAAACAAAAGUGAUUUGAAAUCCGAACAACGUCAAGUAUCAUUGGACGAAGGCCGGGGCUUAGGAGAAGACUUCCAUUGUGCUUUUACCGAGGCUAGCGCCCGUCUUGGUUACAAUGUCGAGAAAGCCUUCGAUUUAAUGAUAGGGGAGAUCGAGAAGUCUCAAAAUCCGUCGCAGCCCACAGGAGGAAAUAAGUGUGUUGUAAUGUGAUAUGGAAACUGAAGCAACGUGAAUAAGCAUAGAACCCAAAUUG